UUUUAGUCGGAAGAGUUUAUGUGGAAGUUAGGCACACGGAAUUAAUUCUCGUCGGACAACAACAAUCCUAUCUCGACUGUAUUUCGGUUCGACUUGCAUAUAGCCAUAGAUAAUAGCUGACUAGUUGAACACGGAAGGAACACACACCAUAUAUCAGAAAAAAUAGUCUUUGAAGGACUAGUCUAGACGGAUAAAUGUCUGAUGUACCAGAAGCUUGUAAAACGAAAGAGGUCGAGGACAGCGCCCCUGAACCAGAAGAACAGUCAGGCGAUAGCAGUGACGACGGCGAAGCAUCAGGGGAAUCAGAAAUGGAUUUCUUGCGUAAUCUCUUCUCUAAAACCCUGGGCAUAUCCGGGGAGAAGGUUUUGGAUGAGUUGACUCUGGAGGGGGUUGCAAGGUACAUACAGAGUGGUGCAUGCAAAAACAUAAUCUGUAUGGUGGGAGCGGGGAUUUCCACGUCGGCUGGAAUCCCUGACUUCCGCUCCCCAGAGACUGGUCUCUAUGCCAACCUGCAGAAGUACAACCUGCCCUAUCCAGAGGCUAUCUUCCAGAUAGACUACUUUAAGAAACACCCAGAGCCUUUCUUUGCCCUGGCCAGAGAGCUGUACCCCGGACUGUUUAAGCCCACAGUGUGCCACUACUUCAUCAAGUUGCUGAAAGACAAGGGGCUACUGAAACGCUGCUACUCACAGAACAUUGACACUCUGGAACGUGUGGCAGGACUGGAGUCGGAGGACCUGAUUGAAGCCCACGGCACCUUCUACUCCUCGCACUGUGUCAGCUUCAUGUGUCGCAGCGAGUAUAGCAUGGACUGGAUGAAAGUGAAGAUCUUCUCGGACGACAUUCCCAAAUGCGAGAAGUGCAACAGUCUGGUUAAACCAGAUAUUGUUUUCUUUGGUGAGAACCUACCGAAGAGGUUCUUCACCUCGAUGGCGAUGGACUUCCCUCGCUGUGAUCUCCUCAUUAUAAUGGGGACAUCCCUGCAGGUCCAGCCAUUUGCGGCGCUGGUCGGCAGGGUUUCAAAAAGCUGCCCCAGACUGCUGAUCAACCUGGAGAAAGCAGGUGGUGCCGAUCCUCUCUUGGGGAUGAUUGGCCUUGGCGGAGGGAUGGACUUUGACUCGGAGAAAGCAUACAGGGACGUGGCGCACAUCAGCACCUGUGACGACGGAUGCUUGGCCCUGGCUGACCUGCUGGGCUGGAAGGCCGAGCUUGAGGAGAUGGUAAAACGGGAGCAUGAAAAGAUCGACAGCAAAGCCAAGGAGGAACAAGCCAAUCAGAGCGCUGUUGCGACUGGGAAGGCGGAGACUGGGAAGGCGGAGACUGGGAAGACUAAGGCAGAAUAACCAAUGAGCAAGCCGUAUGGCUCCAACACAUCACUUGGUCUGAAUCUAGAAGCAGAGUUGCUUCAGUAACCAGGACUGGCUUCAUCUGUCUUGUUUUGGUUUUCCUCCCUUUAGAUAUGCGCUUUAUACUAACACCCACCUUCCUUCACAGACUUUUUGUCAGUUGACAGCUACCACAGAUGGAGUUUACAGCAAUACACACUAACGCUAGCAUGCCUUUCCCCACAGGGAAGAACUGAAGACCCUGUCCGCAUGUCAUCUUGCUCGGUUGAUCUAAUUGGUUGAUUGACUUCUAAAAUAAACCUAAACCUAAACAAGAUUAUGUCAGGGUAUGUCAGGUUAGAUAAAACUGACUGGCAGAUUCAGUGUCUGAAGCAGAGAGACACAUACUUUAAAUAUCAAUGAAAAUAAUCAUGAUGAUAAUGCAUUUUAUGAUUUAAUAAAAUGCAUCUAAUGUUAA